AUGGAGUUUAGAGGGUUAAACAUAUUCAUAAACAAAAUCAUGAAGAUUCAUAUCAUGAUGCCAAUGAUUCAUAUUCAUGAGUUACAAUGGAACAUCCAUACGUGUUACUAUCAGGCUACAGUUACAGAUCAGAGACUCAUCCUGUCCUGUGAGAGAGAAGACAAGGGAAUGGCCAAACCUGAGUUGAAGAGUUAUCAUGUGGAUGGGAUGGACUCUAGGGGCUUCCUUAAUACUUAUUUUGACACAAAUAGUGGGUUUAAAGAUGAGACGGUGGGAUUUAUUAUGGAGAAGCUGCACAGCGCAUUAACAACAGGUCAAAUUAAAGGAGAUACUUUGAUUGACAUCAGUAUUGGAUCCAUCGUUCAUCAACUUUUUGUUGUCUUUGAAUUCUUUAAAGAGAUCACAAUACUAAAAUUAUCAGAGUCAUGUAUUAUGGAACUCAACAAAUGGGUGAACACCCGCACUGGGGCUUUUGAUUGGAAAUAUGCGUUUAAGACCAUUACCGAUCUGCAAGGCAACAGUGCUGCAGCUCAGAAAAAGGAAGAAAAGUUAAAGGAAACAAUUAAACGGAUUUUGAAAUUUGACUUCUGCAAUAAAAAUCUCACAGAUCCGGAGGUGUUACCACCAGCCGACUGUCUGCUCACCGCAUGGGUGCUGGAUGUGGUUAGUCAGGACCAACAAGAGUACAUUAGAAACAUGAGGAAGGUGUUGAAACUGCUUAAACCUGGGGGUUACUUAAUUGUAAUUGGUGUCCUGAAUGGCACAUAUUUUACCGUUGCUAAUCAAAGGUUACAUAUAUUUCCAUAUGAUGAAAGUUUUAUAAGAAAGACCCUCACUGAUGAAGGUUGUGAAAUUGUUUCUUGUGAGUUACUCGAUAGGACAGUAGACAGUGAUCUCACAGAUUAUAAACAAUUUAUGGUCCUUAAUGCCGUCAAAGGGAAUUGCUAGAAUCCGUGGCCACUGGCUGGAUUAUUCAAUCAAAAUGCUGCUUAAUGCCCUCAGGCAUUUACUAAAUCUUGCAAACUGGUCUUAUACAGAAAAGAGCUAAAAUGAUAUAUAAAUGAA